CUAUCAUUCCACGUGGCUUUUAAGUGAAAAUAAAUAAUAUUCUUAUCGUAAGUUUCGGUAAAACAUGCACUAAUUUGUAUUACUUUGGUGUUGCAAAAUGGGCCCCCACAACCUGUCGAAUAUUGUGAAUCUGCCACCGAAGAAGCUGAGCCUUAUAUUUAUAUGCCUGGAGCGAACCAAAGAUAGACAAAGGCUGGCCCAAACUCAUCCAGUGCUUCGCAGGGCUUUUGCCCUUUACGCUGCCGACAGAUACCAGCUAAUAGAUUUUGAGAGUUUGCCCACUGAGAACUGGCCGUUCAUAUUCUCCGCAUGCGGUUCGAAUGUUAAGGGCAUUAUGUCUUCCAUGGCAAAGAAUGCAGUGGCUGCGGUCAAGCUGGCAGCCAAACAUUGCCCCAACCUGGAGGAACUGUUCAUUUCCAUACAGUCAAAGUAUUGGGACAAACUUAAGCCGCUGCUGGUGAAACUGAAGGCGCUGAAGGACCUGAGAUUGAUGAAUGACUACACUCCGAUUGAUUUGAUGAACACAUUGCUGGAACUCCCAGAAGUGACGACCCUGCAAUUGUUUCGGUUUAAGCGCGAGGAUCUAAUUCCAGUCAAAUAUUUGCUGCAACUGCAGAACUUAUUUAUCAAGAAUGACGAACCGCUCAACCUGUACGGACUGUGCGCCGACAUGGCGCAGCUCGAAUCAUUGGAAGUACGGAAUGUUUGCAUUAGCUUUCCGGCAGAGCUUAUCCGUGAUCCGCUGUGGCCCAAGCUGAAGCUUCUGAACAUCGGCAUUGAAGCUAUUCGAACCGAAAUGCCGUACUUGCCCAGGCUGAGAAUACUGCACAUUGAAUUCAGCCCCGAAAUGGAACUGGGCAAGCUAUUCGGCAGAUCGGUCUCGGGCUAUUCGAACAGCUUGCAGGUGCUGCGCUUGUAUAGCGACGAAAUUGGCCCCAGCCAUGCCAACAAUGCCAAGGCCAUCGGACAACUAAAAUCACUGAAAUUGCUCAUCUGCUCCAAUCUGAAUAAUACGUAUUUGCAGUUUAUCAAGUUGGAUCAGCUCCAGAAGGUGAUCGUACAAUCCUCCAAUAACGUAACCAACUCGGGUGUCCUUCGCCUACUCCGUGGGUGUAGGAACCUCCGAACGCUCGAUGUCUCUGGCUGUAGGAGAGUCAACCAGAACGUUGUGGGUCCGCUCAUCAAGAUUCUACAGCAUAAUGGCGUUCAGCCAGAUAAUCCAAUGGUUCUUACUGUUCAGUUAAAAUCAUUCGGGGAGGUGCCAACCACUGCUACGGACCCGAACUAUAAUUUGUUGUUCAUCAAAAUAUGCGAGAAUUUCACAUGUGAGCGUCCCUUUACCGUGCCUGAUCCGCCCUUUGAUAUUGAAUAUUAUUGGGACUAAUUGGAGUAAUAAAUUAAAAGCUCAUUUCCCAUGUGUAUCGGAAAUCAGUAUUUCGGCAACCUGCAAAUAAAUUUUGAUCAUGAUUAAAGUGAA